CAUCUUCAACAGUUUAGAGUAUUGUUGGGGCAACUUAGUUUCCUUCUCCAUGUUCCCUUAUGUUGUCUCUGUCUUUCAUCCAAUGAACUACCAACUCCAUUCUCCACAACCCACAAACCAAAAUGCCACCUUUCCUUCUUCUCCUUCUCUUCACCUCUUCUUUCAUUCACGGCCACGCACAAUCUCCACCCCAAACCCAAGGUUUCAUAUCCAUGUUAAUCACCCAAAAUGGUCUUGAUUUUGUGAAAGACCUUCUGGUGAAAAAGGCUAUUUCCUCUAUAGUUUCACUCCGGUUACCGAAUAUUGAAAAGGGUACAAGGAUUCCGUUUUUGGGUAAUGUUUACUUGGUGCUUUCUGAUGUGACAAUUUAUGAAAUUGAUGUUGCUUCAUCGGUUGUUAAGCCUGGAGAGAGUGGGAUUUCGAUUGUUGGUUCUGGGGUUAGUUGUAAUUUGAGUAUGAGUUGGUAUUAUGCUUAUAGUACUUGGAUUGGUCCUGUUGAAAUUUCUGAUCAAGGUUUGGCACAUGUUCAGGUUGAAGGCAUGGAAGUUGAACUUUCAUUGGGAUUAGAGAACCAAGAAGGAUCUUUGGAUCUCAAACUUAAGAACUGUGAUUCUUCUGUUAAAGAUAUUUCAAUAAAAUUGGAUGGAGGUGCAUCUUGGCUUUAUCAAGGGAUUAUUGAUGCUUUUGAAGGGAAUAUUGGAUCAGCAGUAGAAAAUGCUAUCACCAAGAAACUUGGAAAUGGGAUUUCGAAGCUCGACUCGUAUUUGAAAAGUCUCCCAAAGGAGGUUCCGGUCGACGACCACUCUUCUUUGAAUGUAACUAUUAUCAACGAUGUCUUACUAAGUGAGUCGUCCGUUGGAUUUGAAACCAACGGGUUAUUUAUACAAAGAAAUGAUUCCCUAUCUAUUCCUAACCUCUUACAUAAGAAUACAAAACUUCCAAUUCUAUGCACAAACUCAUCGAAAAUGCUAGCAAUCACUUUAGACGAGGCCGUUUUCAACUCGGCAUCAGCCCUGUAUUAUGAUGCAAAAUUUAUGCAUUGGAUUGUGGACCAAAUACCAGAUCAAUCUCUAUUGAACACUGCAGGGUGGAGAUUUAUUAUUCCUCAGCUGUACAAGAAAUACCCAAAUCAUCGAAUGAACUUGAACAUAUCUUUGUCUUCUCCUCCGGUUGUGGAGAUUUCAAAUCAGAAAGCCGGUGUGCACAUAUUCGCAGACUUAACAAUCGAUGUUUUGGAAGAAGAUGAAGUAAUACCAGUAGCAUGUAUCUCAUUGAUGAUACAAGCUUCGGGUUUGGUCAAAAUAAAUGGAAACAACCUCGUUGGUACCAUCCGAUUGGAUGACUUUGGAAUGUCGUUGAAAUGGAGCAACAUUGGCAAUCUACGAAUGUUCCUUAUUCAGCCGGCUAUAUGGACGAUUAUUGAAACGGUCUUUCUGCCGUAUGCGAAUUCACAUCUAAGUAAAGGGUUACCUCUUCCUAUUAUUCAUGGUUUCACCUUACAAGAUGCAGAGAUAAUCUUGUCGACAUCAAAAGUUGGAGUUUGCAGUGAUGUAUCAUUUGCAGAAUCAAACAAGCAUUUCUUACCAUUCAUCAUGUAGAUAAAAUGUGUUUUGUUGAUGCAUUGUAAAUAUGAAAUCAAGAUGAUAUGUCUCUCCUUGUGCAAUGUUAUGUUAUUUUUUUAAUUGUUUAGGCAACCGUUACGCCUAGAUGUACAAAAGACAUGCAUCAAUACAAAUACUUGCUGUCAUUCAGUUACAUCUUAAUAUUUGGAUAUUGUUAUUGAGAAGAAAAUGUUUAGAUAUUGAUUCAAACAUUUUACAAUGUGAUAUAACAAUGUUACAAUGUAUUGUUGA